UCCCAUCAUUCUGGUACAAGUUGAUCUUGGUCUCAUCUGUCCAUAGGAUGUUGUUCCAGAACUGUACAGGCUCUUUUAGAUGUUUUUUGGCAAACUCUAAUCUGGUCUUCCUGUUUUUGAGACUCACCAAUGGUUUACAUCUUGUGGUGAACCCUCUGUAUUUACUCUGGUGAAGUCUUCUCUUAAUUUUUGACUUUGACACAGAUACGCCUACCUCCUGGAGAGUGUUCUUGAUCUGGCCAACUGUUGUGAAGGGGUUUUUCUUCACCAGGGAAAGAAUUCUUCUGUCAUCGACCACAGUUGUUUUCCGUGGUCUUCCGGGUCUUUUGGUGUUGCUGAGCUCACCAGUGCGUUCUUUCUUUUUAAGAAUGUACCAAACAGUUGAUUUGGCCACACCUAAUGUUUUUGCUAUCUCUCUGAUAGGUUUGUUUUGAUUUUUCAGCCUAACGAUGGCUUGCUUCACUGAUGGUGACAGCUCUUUGGACUUCAUAUUGAGAGUUGACAGCAACAGAUUCCAAACACAAAUACCAUACUUGAAAUGAACUCUAGACCUUUUAUCUGCUCCUUGUCAAUGAAAUAACGAACUCCCAUGAGGGAAUAACAUACACCUGGCCAUGGAACAGCUGAGCAGCCAAUUGUCCAAUUACUUUUGGUCCCUUAACCCUCGUGCUGCCUUCGGGUCACAUGACCCAAAGGUUCAUAACGAACCAUCGUUGUGUUUACCCAAUUUUACCCAAUACAAAAACAAUUAUUUUUUUUCUUUUAACCUUUGCAAUGUGGGGGGUCUGAGACAGCCCAACGGUUAAAAGAAUAUGCUUCACUUUGUCUUUGUAUGCGGUAAAUCUGUCGCAAUACGAAGGUGGGUCACAAUGACUGAUGGGUCAGAAUGACCCGAAGAUAACACAAGGGUUAAAAAGGGGGGGGUCACAUAUCAAAUGUGUUGUAAUUCCUACACCGUUCACCUGAUUUGGAUGUAAAUACCCUGAAAUUAAAGCUGAAAGUCUGCACUUAAAGCACAUCUUGAUUGUUUCAUUUCAAAUCCAUUGUGGUGGUAUACAGAGCCAAAAUGAUAAAUGUGUCAAUGUCCAAAUAUUUAUGGACCUAACUGUAAGUAGCUUAGUAGUGUAAACCUACAACAUCUAACACCAUAUAUGCUAUAACCUGUAACUAUAUUCCACAGCAGUCAGCACACUCUCUGUGUGUGGGGAUCAGAAAUCAAAGAUAUCAGUACUGGAGGGCUCGGAUGUAACUUUCCUAUGUGACGGGGGUAAACCUACAAGUGUAGUAAACAGUUUCCCAAACGUGAACAUAGUUGCAAAGCGCCAUGUAAUUUCCAAUAUUCAAUUAUUUAACAGUCAGACAUACACAUGUCAUGGUGGAAAUUGGAAUUUAAAACUGAAGGUGGUGAAAGGUAGGUGAUGAUGUGGUGCUGCAAUUACUGCUGGUAAUGUUCUUUUUAUUAGCACUCAGCAUGUACUGUGUUUUUCUCCCAUUGGAGAUGUAGAGAAUCAAAUGUUUAAUCUCACAAAUAUGAGUGUGUAUGUCUCUUAUUUCAUGUUAAAUUAACUUAUGCAUUUACAUUCUUUUUUAAUAAUCUUAUACAUAAUAAUCCCUUAUACAACACAGGUUGUAUAAGGCACCUCAUGUCCAAAACAGACUUCACUGGAAAUGACAUUUCCAGUGAAAUGAGUUCAGGCUCAAGAGCUGAGGAUUGUAGAGAAAACUGCACUCAUUCAGACCGUUGCCAGUUCUUCACAUUUGAGCAAAAAGGUAACGGGAACGUAUGCUACCUGAAGGCCUCACCUGCUGGUACAACAUCGAUUAAUAUAACAUAUUCUCAGACCAAAACCUCAGGCUAUUCUUUGAGAAGCUGCAGUGGUAAAGUGAUCUACCCUGCCAAGAAGUACAGUCUUGUCAGUGAGGGGAAGAACUGGACGGAGGCACGAGCCUACUGUCAGCAGCACUACACAGACCUGGCCAGCAUCCACACAGCAGCAGACUUGGAGGCUGUCACACAAGAGCUGAGAAACUCCAUGGGAGUCUGGAUUGGCCUCCACAGAGAAGGCUCUGCAGAACCAUGGGCGUGGUCAACUGGGGAGAACCUCACAUACUUCAAGUGGAAACAUGGAUACCCGACCAUCAACGGAUAUAAAUGUGUUUUUUCCUUUAAGUCUACAUGGGAACAAAUACCCUGUAAUGCUACAAAUAUAAAGAACCAUGUGUGUCAGGAUGUUCAUCAGGUGAAUGGAACAACAACAAAAUCAUAUGAAAACAUUGCUGGAGGUACAACACUACAUAUGUUGGCUGCUCAGUUAGACUGUGAGAGUCGAAAUAAAACUCUGGCCAGUAUCCUCAACCAGGAAGAGCAGGAGGCAUUUGAUGAAGUGGCUCAGUCAGAAAUGUUGACAUGGAUUGGGCUUCAUUAUAAUCAGACCAUCGACAAGUGGAAGUGGUCCAGUGAGGAGCCGUUUGAAGCAUUGUCUGAUUCCCUGAAGGGACAAAAGAAUUGUGUAAAAUACUCUAAAAGAAAAUGGAAACUUGGCUGGUGUCAUCAAAAUAAGCGUUUCUUGUGUUUUGAUGAAAAAAAUGCAGUGAAUGACACCACUAAAGAUCCUACCACUUCUACACCUGACUACCUGCACUACUACAACACACCCAAAACCUGGCUUGCUGCCCUGGAGUUCUGUAAGGAUCAACACUCCACCCUUGUCCACAUAACCAACUCCACUGUGCAGAAGGAUGUGUCCCAGCUCCUGGACAGUGAGGAUCUGCCUUGGGGAGUGUGGAUAGGGCUGGAAAGGUACAUCUUCCAGUCUAACGCUCGCUGGGUGUGGGUCAGUGGUGUGGAGGUGAACUUUACCCAGUGGCACCAAUGCUUCCCCCUCAACACUCCUACCCUCUACUGUGGUAAGAUGAUCUGGGAUGACGACGACGACACACUAAAGUGGCUGGGUGCCUCCUGUCAGGAGGAACUCCCUUUCAUCUGUCAAGAUCUGCACCACUAGAGGGCUCUCUACAUCUCAGUCUGGACUGGAGGAUCUCAUUAACCACUAACCCAGGAUGAUGUGAUCUACAUUUUCUCUUUAAUAUAAUUAAAUAUCAUAUAUUACAUAUUUUCUAUACAGCUUAAUGCAUAGUCAUAAACAUAUAUAAAACAUGUGUGCAUUUAUUGAUAAUCCACAUUAAAUGAUUAAUUCAUUCAAAUACUAGAACUGUUUGAACCAUUGUUAUACUUUAAACUUUCACACUGUUUUAAAGUUGACUUUGGGUAUAAUGGACAUUCUUUGUGUGUUUUGCUUUCAAAAUAAAGGUCAUUUGAGUUUAUUGUAA